GCAGAAUCUAGACUGCAGGCACGAUGGGAUCAUCAUUGCUUCAGAAUGGGUCGAUCUACCUACCUAGGUACUGGACAAGGAAGGAGAAUAUGGACAAAAAUCCACCAGCAGGGUAAAUCUGACAUCCGACGCCCUUGGAGUCAACCUUCCAAGCUUUUAGCUGGGACUUGGCGUAAUUUUCUCCCACGCCAAGCAGCCGAACAAGCACCGCGGGAUAAAAAGCUAGAACGAAGAAGUGCCGGCCGUUGCAGUCUUUGCUUUCGUGCACGCUUUCAACUCCUCAUACAGAUCUUGGCCUGUGCCUCCAGCUGGACGCAGCCGCGAUAAUGAAGCGCGACAGCACGACGGACCAGCCCCAGCAAUGGCCCGGUACCAAGGAGGGCAAGGAUGAGGAAGCCGGUGAGGCUGGCGAGAUCAGGGUCCUGGAUGAAGGCACCCGCAACCUCGUCGGUGCUCAGGAUCAGCUUGAGCGUGGCCUGAAGAGCCGCCAUAUUCAGUUCCUGGCUCUCGGUGGAGCUAUUGGUACUGGUCUCUUCAUCGGUUCAGGCGCCAUUCUGGAGACGACUGGUCCUCUCUCCUUGUUGCUCGGAUAUCUGUCUAUGAUGGCUCUGGUCUGGAAUAUUAUGAACGACCUGGCCGAAAUUGUCGUCUAUCUUCCCCUGAAGGGUGCAACCGUGCCCUAUUUUGUCGAGCGCUUUGUGGAACCGAGUCUUGCCUUUGCUGCAGGGUGGAAUUACUGGUAUGCUUACGCGAUCUUGGUGGCCGCCGAGGCUAGUGCAGGCUCCAUCAUUUUGGAUUACUGGAACACGCCCGUUCCUUCAGCGGUUUGGAUUGCCAUCAUCCUCGGUGUCAACCUUGGGCUGAACAUAUUUGCUGUCAAGAUCUUCGGAGAGGCAGAAUUCUGGUUUGCGAGCAUCAAGUUGAUCACCAUCAUCGGGCUCAUUCUGACCGGCUUGGUCAUCAUGUGCGGUGGAGCUCCGGACGGGCAGGCCAUCGGUUUCUGGUACUGGCAAAAGGAUGGGCCGAUGAAAGAAUAUCUUGUCCCAGGAGACACUGGGCGCUUCCUCGCCUUCUGGACGGCGUUCGCCAGGGCUGGAUUCGCCUUCAUCACCUCGCCCGAACUCAUUGCGCUCGCCGCGGGAGAGACCGAAGCACCGCGGCGCAACAUCCCCAAGGCCGCACGUCGGUUCGUCUGGCGACUUGCCAUCUUUUACGGAUUAGGCGCCUUCAUGAUUGGGACGAUAUGUCCCGCAGACGACCCGCGUCUACUCAGCGACACGUCCAACGCCACGGCCAGCCCCUGGGUGAUCGGCAUUACACUUCGAGGCAUCCCAGUACUUAACCAUAUCAUUAACGGUGCAGUACUUACGUCCGCCUGGUCCGCCGGUAAUGCAUUUCUGUACUCGGGGUCUAGAAUUCUGUACAGUCUGGCUCUGAAUGGACAGGCGCCCAAAAUUUUCGCAAAGACAGGCAAGACCAAGACACCGUUUGCAGCCAUCCUUGCCACCUGGGCUAUCGGCCUCCUGUCCUUCCUGAGCGUCAGCCGCACCAGUGCAGUCGUUUUCGACUGGUUUGUCAACAUCAGUACCAUCAGUGGCUUCAUCGCCUGGGUCGUCUGCAUCAUCACCUACCUCCGCUUCAGGAAGGCGAUGGACUUCCGCGGUCUGCUGCACACGCUGCCCUACAAGACACCUCUCCAGCCAUACGCGACCUAUGUCGUGCUUUUCGUCUUGGUUAUUCUGACGCUGACCAACGGAUUCUCCGUAUUCUUCCCGAGCCAGUGGGACGUUGCCAGUUUCCUGGCUGCUUAUAUAACCUUGCCUAUCUUCUUGGCUUUGUACCUUGGCCACAAGAUUUGGUUCAGGACGCCGUUCGCCAAGAGGACCGAGGAUAUAGAUGUGAUCACCGGCGUACGAGAGAUGGACGCCUUGGAGGCUGAGGAUGUCCCACCGGUUCCGAAGAACUGGGUUGAAAAGGCGUGGUACUGGUUGGCAUAG